GUCUGUGAUGGCGGCACCCUUCGAAUGUUUCUGCUGAUAUUUGUUAUGUCCGAACAACGGGGCAGUCCUGAUAGAGAGCGAACUCUUUUCGGCGCUGUCUGAGGUGGGGGCAGCCUGGUCGUCAUGUCAUCCCCAGCGCUGCACUGUUCUCAGGCAGACUUGUUGAGUCACUGGAUGCCUGGCAGCUUCAGGGUGGGGGUGAUCUUCAAUCCGUACCCAGUCGUGGCUCUUCCCAAGGGGCCCUCUUGCUCAUCUUUUCCAGGGCCUGAUGACUCCUUCUCUGGCCACUUUGCCCCUCUGCCAGCCUCCGCAGACAGCAGCUGUGUGGUCCCAGAGCCUCUAAGCUUUCACAUUGACAUGGAGCUAAAUGAGGCAGAACAUGAGCAGCAGAGAGAGGCUGGUGACACGGUGGACAGUGAAGAGGAGGAGGCAGCACAGCCCUAUGAUGUGUCCCUGGUGAUGAAGCUGGAACAGUUGAGGCAGUGGCAGCAACACAUGCAGCAGCAGCUCAGGGCUCAGCAGCUCGAGGAACUGCUCCAUCUUCAGCAGGAGCAGCAGAGACUCCUGGCCUUGAUGAGCUCCCCUGCCCACAACUCAGAGCAUGUGGAGGAGCUGUCAGGAGCAGAAUGGGAGGAGACUACACUCCACAGCAGUACUGCGUGCAACUUCCACAACAUGGAAGGAGAGGAGGAGCCCCAGAGCCAGAGGAGUCCACAGUACCAGAGCCAAGAGCCAUCCAUGAGGUUUUCCAGCAAGUACCAGGAAGAAGAGCAGCUGCUGACCCAAAGCUGUAGCUCCAGGACCUCAGCAGACAGACCCAUCAGACCUGGGAUCGGGGCUCAGAAGACUUUUGAGGACAUGCUGGAGGAGCAGCUCAGACAUGAGGAGAAGAGGCUCAAUUCUGUGCACCCACAACAGAGUGACUCUGGAGGCCAUACCUGCCAGGCCCGUCCUAAAAAAGCCUUUCUGAGGAAGGGAGAGGGGCUUCUGAGGUUUACUGGUCACACAGCAGAUGUCCACAAGAAUCAGAGAACAACUCAGACCGAAGCGAUUAUCUGCAGCAACUCAGAGCGUGUCUCUGUGCACACAGGACAGUCCAGCUGUAUCCCUAAACCUCUGGUGCAACGCAAAACAGCCAUGGUCUCUCAGGAGUGCUGCCCUACCACCUCCCUGCGCCAGGACACCAAGGCAGCCCGCUUAAAGGGGCUACAGAGCCAGCUGCGGCUCUGCCAGCCUCCACCACAACCUGUUCAGAGGCUGUUAGAGGGACCAGCCAGCACGGCGCCUGCAGAGCCUGCACCCUGUCGGAGCAGAGCCAGUGAGGCCAGUCCUCUGGCUAAGGGUGCACACCACAGGGAUGGAGCUCCACCCACUGGACAGGGGCUAACGCAGGGGCAGGGAUGGGGACAAGAGCAGGAAUGGGGACAGAAGCAGGCACAGGCAGGAGCCAGGAGCUCUCAGGAGCAGUCCUUCCAGGAGCGGCUGCUGCGCUGGGAGGGGGCCCGGCAGGAGGAGAGCAUGGAGUUGGGAGAGUUUGAGCUGCUGGAGCAGGCUGCAGAGGAGCUGUCCUUCUCCUCCAACUCCUCCUUCGUCCUCAAGGUUCUUCAGCUGGACCAGCAGAAGCAACUCCCAGUCAAGGGGCUCCACCGCCGCCUAUCCUCCACCCCAGUCAAGGCCCCCUCGCACCCCUCACAUCCAGUCUCCCUCCACGGGCCCACUGAAGGGGGGCCACGGCAGGACGCCAGGCUGGGACUGUGUGAGGCAUCCUGGGACAGCUGGGAGAGACAAGAUGACCCAGGAGAACAACUGCCUUCAGGUCCUAGUGUCUAUGCUUUUCCCUGUCAGAGCAACCCUCCAUAUGACAAGCACACAUACCAGGACCAGGACCACUCUCUGUAUUCCAAUGAGCAAGAUGAAGGUGAAGGUGAGGACUGCACUGUAACAGAGAACCUACUGGAACAGCGCCCGUCAGAGGAGCGCCCGUCAGAGGAGCGCCCGUCAGAGGAGCGCCCGUCAGAGGAGCGCCCGUCAGAGGAGCGCCCGUCAGAGGAGCGCCCGUCAGAGGAGCGUGGCCAAGAGGAACCAGAGGAGCAGAUGAGCAGGGUGCUGUUUGACGACCAUGACACCUGGAGCCAGCUCUCUCAGGACCACAGUUUCAGCACAGAUGGUCCAGGUGAGCUGGCCUCCCCACCAGAGUGUGCUGUGGAGCAGAAGGCCCAGCCCUCUCGGCUCAUGAGCAGGCUCUUACCUGCACUCAAGACACACUCCCACAAUGCACCGGUGAGUGCUCCGCCCACAGCUACUGAGCCCCGGAGCACUCCACCCACCACACACCCUCAGCAGACCCAGUCACUUCUGCUUAGGGAGAGGCUGGCAGAGCUAGAGGUGGAGAUCCAGCGCUUCAAAAAGGAGAACGCAUCUCUCGCCAAACUGCGCAAAGACAACCUCAGAGUCCAGGAGGAGCUAAGAAGGGAGCGCGGUGACUUUGAGCAGACGGUGGCACAAGAGAGGAGCUGCUUUGAGGAGUACAAACGAGAGGAGAUGCGUAAGCUACAGAGGGAGCGCAGACUGUUGGAGAACCACAUAUCUAUCGCAAGAACAGUGCCCAACAAGAAUGAGCGCAAGGAGAUACAGGCUCUGAAGCAGCAGCUAAGCUCAGUCCAAGAGGAGCUGAGGAGGAAGGAGUGCCGCUGGGCUAACACUCACAGUCGACUGCGCCACCAGCUGGAGGCUCUAGGGAAGGACAACAGCGCCCUUCGAGAGGAGGUGAAGACUCUGGAGAAACUGCGAAUCAUGGCCUGGAAGAAAACUGUGGACUGUGACAAACCCUCUGCUGCCAAAGGAGUCAAAUUUGCAACUCCUUUGGACUCCAGUAGAACUUCUCAGAAAAGCCCUCCAGCACCGGACACUAGAGGGACCCGCAGGGCAUCUGCUCCAGGAGGCACGGUGGGGACAAAAGAAAUCAAGAGCAGUCUUAGGAGGCCGUCUCUAACAGUAACAGCGGUGAAGGAGACUGAGCUUGGAGACCAGAACCAAUCCAGCCUGAGUCCAAAGAAGGCCGAUGGGUGCUCCCCUGGUGAGACCCAGUCUGAGCCACGCCCAGCACAGGACUGUGACAGGAGUGUGCAGGGGCCACAAGAGGAGGUACCGGGGCCUGAUGGAAAAGUGGAACAGGUCCUGUCCAGUGGUGCACGACUCAUAGUGUUCCCCAACGGCACCAAGAAGGAGGUAUCCUCUGAUGGACAGACAGUCAAAGUCACUUUCUUCAAUAGAGACACCAAAGAGCUGACAGCAGACCAGAGAGUGAUCUACUACUACGCAGAGGCCAAGACCACUCACAUCACCUACCCUGAUGGCAUGGAGGUCCUACACUUCCCCAACAAUCAAACAGAAAAACAUUUCCCUGAUGGCCGCAAAGAGAUCACAUUUCCCGACCAGACAGUGAAAAACCUGUAUCCAAAUGGACAAGAGGAGAGUGUUCUGACCGAUGGCACCGUCAUCCAGGUCCACCCAGAUGGCACUAAGGAGAUCCACUUCAACACAGGGCAGAGGGAGGUGCACACAGCAGAGUACAAGCGUAGGGAGUACCCGGAUGGCACAGUAAAGACAGUCUACAGUGAUGGUCGGCAGGAGACCUUAUACCCCACAGGACGCCUCCGAGUCAAGGACAAAGAAGGCAAUGUCAUCCUGGACACACCCUAGAGUUGUCCAGUCAAUUUGGGAUAGAAUUUUAAAAGACUUUCUUUAUGUAUGUUGUCUCUGAACUCCAAAAAUGUAGUUCUACUUCAUCUGAAUGAUUUCUAUAUUAUACAUUUGCACUGUUGCAGAAAGCUUUUAGCUUCAUUUAAACUGCAGAGGCUAGUAUCACUGGCCUUCACAUGCACAUCAAAAUCUGAGUAUCUGAUUUCUGGACGUUUGAGAUGAUUUAAAUGACAUGUAAAUCAGAGGGACCAUGAUCACAAAGAAAUGUCAUGAUUUUGCUGUUUAUAUGUAAUUUUAAUAGUCUGACUACUCAAAAAAAAUGUGUUAAUCAGAUUUAGGGCACACAUGUAACCGCAGC